ACGUUUCCCACGUGCAGUUUCUCUUUGUGGUGCAACUGAGCUUUUAGUUAUCAUCAGGUCCACAUUAUCUCUAGUUCUCUCUCAUGUCAGUGAUGGCUACAGCCUCCAGUGGUAGUAUAUUACCAGGAGAUGAUUCUGCUGACAGGAACGUCGAGAUGUGGAAGAUCAAGAGGUUAAUAAAGAGUCUUGAAGCAGCCCGGGGCAACGGGACCAGCAUGAUAUCACUGAUAAUACCGCCCAAGGAUCAGAUAUCAAGAGUUGCUAAGAUGUUAGCUGAUGAGUUUGGAACAGCCUCAAAUAUAAAGAGUCGUGUCAAUCGUCUCUCAGUCUUGGGAGCCAUCACUUCAGUCCAGCAGAGACUCAAGUUGUAUUCAAAAGUUCCAACAAAUGGGUUAGUUAUUUAUUGCGGGACUAUCGUCACAGACGAGGGAAAAGAGAAGAAGGUAAAUAUUGAUUUCGAGCCGUUCAAGCCGAUCAACACGUCACUGUACCUCUGUGACAACAAGUUCCACACUGAAGCACUGAGUGCUCUACUGGCUGACGAUAAUAAGUUUGGGUUUAUAGUGAUGGAUGGUAACGGGGCAUUAUUUGGAACACUGUGUGGUAAUACUCGUGACAUACUCCACAAGUUCACUGUUGAUCUACCUAAGAAACACGGGAGGGGAGGGCAAUCUGCUUUACGUUUCGCUCGUCUGAGACUCGAGAAAAGACACAACUACGUUAGGAAAGUGGCAGAGACAGCAGUUCAGCUCUUCAUAACUCAAGACCGGCCAAAUAUUGAAGGACUCAUUCUUGCUGGCUCAGCAGAUUUUAAAACUGAAUUGAGUCAAUCGGACAUGUUUGAUCCUCGACUAAAUACAAAGGUUCUUAAAGUGGUUGACGUAUCUUACGGAGGAGAGAAUGGGUUCAACCAGGCAAUAGAACUCUCGGCCGAGGUACUGUCUAAUGUCAAGUUCAUUCAAGAGAAGAAGCUGAUUGGUCGUUACUUUGAUGAGAUAUCACAAGACACUGGAAAAUAUUGCUUUGGUGUGGCCGACACUCUCCAGGCUCUUGAAAUGGGAGCAGUGGAGACCCUAAUAGUCUGGGAAAAUAUUGACAUGAUGCGACUGACUCUGAAGAACCACUCGAAAGAUGAGGAGGUGGUCCUUCAUUUGAACUCAGAGCAGGAAAAGGAUAAAACUAACUUUGUUGACAAGGAGACUGGAGUUGAGCUGGAGCUGGUUGAACGACUGGCCUUCCUGGAGUGGCUGGCUAACAACUAUAAGACCUUUGGGGCUACGCUGGAGAUAGUUACUGACCGGUCGCAAGAAGGAUCUCAGUUUUGUAAAGGGUUUGGUGGAAUUGGCGGAAUACUGAGGUACAGGGUUGACUUCCAAUCAAUGGAGUAUGACCCUGAUGAAGACGAAUAUGACUUUGAUUAUUAAAAAGUAAUAAUUAUACAUUAUUAAUUAAGUAUACCAGUAAAAGCUAGAGUAAAUAUUAAUUUUUAUGUAACACGUAUAAUAUCAUGUAGUAUACUAGUAUUUGUAUUGUAUGUAACAGUUUGUGUUGUUAGUAUUUAUUAAAUUUCUAAUAAUUUCUAAUAUUUAAGUAAGAAUUGAUUUUUCAAGAUGUUUCUUUAUUAAAGUGUCCAAUAUUGUA